CUCUUUUCGACGACUUUCUCGAGUCAACUAACCCAAAGGACACUGUAGAAUCACGUCCUCAAAUCAACACCAAGAGAGAUACAGGCUAUGUCACCACACUCAACACACAGGACGACCCUUUAUUCUGUUUACAAUAUGUUCAAUUUCAGUUACCAGCAAACCUUGUUUCGAUGAUGGUCGAGAAUAACAUAUUGGCUGCUGUAUUGGAUAAUUUUCGUAUUUUGCGUAUUGAUCUCGAUCAUCCACUUGAUGUUGAUGUGGUGGAUAUCAGUCGAAAGAAUACAUCCAGCCAAGUCAGUCAACUCUUUCUUGACCCUACAGGACGACAUAUCAUUGUGACAACAGACAAUGGCGACAACUACUAUCUUUUUCAUACCUGGAGACGUACCAAAGAACUCACGAAACUCAAACAAAAGAUCAUUUGUGUUGCAUGGAACAAAUACGCGCAUGCCAACCACACACGGGAAAUCUUGAUUGGCACACAGGAGGGUACUGUAUUCGAAACAUGGUUGGAACCCAAAGACGAAUUCUUUCGAAAAGAAGAAAAGUAUCUUGUUCAAGUAUUUCAGGCACCUAUGCCCAUCACUGGUAUUCAUGUCGAACGAUUCCCCACCAACAAAAAAAAAUACCUUGUGAUGAUAUCGACAUCCACUCGUCUCUACCAUUGUGUAGGAUCUACUUGGAUCGAAGAAGAAGAAGACAAAGCCACAUUUGAGCGAAUGUUGGCAGAGUAUCAACAGAAUCCUGAAUUUCAAGAAUUACCAAGUAAUCAAGAGGACAGCAAGAUUGUCUUUUUCAAUCGAUUUCCAGAAUUACAAUUGACCGGUGUACCACAGACAUUUGUGUGGUUGACAGGUGCUGGUAUUUUCCAUGGUUAUUUGGAUUUCACUGAGAAAAACAACCGUCUGAUGGACAGUGCUCGUCUAUUGCCGUUUCCACCCACUCGUUAUGAUGAGGAUAAUGAUUGUUUGAUAGCAGAUACACCUAUUUCGAUAUUAGUGACUGAGUUUCAUUUUAUCUUGCUGUAUCCAUCCUUUGUGCGUGCCUUGUGUCGAUUGAACCAAAAGAUGGUCUAUGAAGAACCGAUUGUUCUAAACCAAGGCGAAGUCGUACAAGACAUGGUUGUUGAUAAUAUCAAAAGAACCUAUUGGAUCUAUACAACCCAUGCCAUGUACGAACUUGUGAUAAAAGAUGAAGAUAGAGAUGUGUGGAAACUGUAUUUACAACAAAAAGAGUAUGCGACAGCACUCCAGUACUGUAAAGAACCAUCUCAGCGCACCCAAGUCUAUACAGCACAGGCCCAUGAUGAUUUUGAACAAGGCAGAUAUAUGCAGAGUGCAAAAUACUAUGCCAAAAGUUCGGUUUCGUUUGAACAAGUCACACUCAAGUUUACUCAAAAGAAAGAGAGGGAUGCAUUACGGUUCUUUUUGCUCAGUCGACUUGAGCAACUGGGUCCUAAUGACCGUACACAAAAGACAUUGAUUGCCACAUGGCUAGUGGAACUUUAUCUGUCUAAAAUGAACCAAUUGGAAGACAUGGCAGCCUCUGUUCAUGUCAAUACAGCACAUCGCUCUUUUCGUUUGAAAGAAGACCAACAUAACUUGAAAGAUGAAUUUCGUACUUUUCUAGAGACGUAUGGGACUCAUCUCCAUACCCCUACUACUUACCAGCUCAUCUCAAGUCAUGGCUAUGGUUCAGAAUGGCUAUAUUAUGCGUAUUUGAUAGGGGAUCAUGAAAAAGUAAUCGAUCAUUGGAUCUCUCAAGACAAUUGGGAUAAAGUCAUGGAAACACUGCAUGACAGAAAUGAAUUGAUUUAUAAAUUCAGUAUACCUUUAAUUGAACAUUUGCCUGAAAGAACAGUCAAUAUGUGGAUCAGCCAUCCCAAGUUAAACCCAAGAUACCUUAUCCCAGCCAUUUUACACUAUCAUCACACUCAUCGAAACAACAGAGUGUCUGAGAAUCAAGCCAUUCGUUAUCUUUCUUAUGUGGUCUCUGUCUUUAAAAAUACAGAUCCUAUUGUUCACGACUUUCUGCUUACUUUAUAUGCAACACAACCCACAUCUGAUGAAACAGCCUUAUUGACCUUUUUAAAGAAUGAGGGUCGAGAUAUGCAUUAUAAACUAGACUAUGCUUUAAGAAUCUGUAGUCAACAUCAUCGUACCCAGAGUUGUGUUCAUAUCUAUAGUCAAAUGGGAUUGUAUGAAGAAGCUGUUGAUUUGGCUCUUAAACAUCGCAACUUGGAUCUUGCUCGAACCAAUGCAGAUAAACCCGAAGACGAGGACGGAUUACGUAAGCGUCUAUGGAUCAGUAUAGCUAAAUACGUAAUUCAAGAUAACAAAGAUAUCAAAUCGGCUAUGCAGUUUUUAAAGAAAUGCGACUUGUUAAAGAUGGAAGACAUUUUACCUUUUUUCCCUGAUUUCGUACUGAUAGAUGACUUUAAAGACGAGAUAUGUUCAGCAUUAGACGAAUAUAAUAUUGGGAUUGAAGAAUUAAAAGCUGAGAUGGACAAUGCUACUUCCAGUGCUGAACACAUUCGCCUGGAUGUUCGCAAACUGAAGAAAAGAUUUGCUAUUGUAGAAGAAGACCAGACAUGUUGUCUAUGUGAAUAUCCACUCUUGACACGACAAUUCUAUGUGUUUCCAUGCAACCACCAAUACCAUGCUGAUUGUCUAGGAAACAGAAUCACAAAAUACUUACCUACACGACAAAUACGAAGAUUGGCUGAUAUUCAAGAACAGCUUUCGCAUGAAUACAAAGCAGCACGUACUAUACAGACGCUUGAAGAUGAAAAAGCACUGACAGAGCGUAUUGAACACUUGCGUAUUCAGUUAGAUGAUACUAUUGCUAAUCAAUGUGUCUUUUGUGGUGAUGUCAUGAUCCAAUCCAUUACGACACCCUUCUAUGACAAGAUGGAAGCUGAUAGUUGGGCUAUUUGAUGUAUUUGUUUAUUUUUAAUGAAGCAUUGCAUGAAUUUCAUCUGUCAGACAAAAAAA